GCCUUGUUGGGCAGAAUGAAUGUGAUAGACCACUUGCGAGACAUGGCGGCAGCGGGGCUGCACUCCAACGUGCGGCUCCUCAGCAGCUUGUUACUUACAAUGAGUAGUAACAACCCUGAGUUAUUCUCCCCAUCUCAGAAGUACCAGCUUUUGGUGUAUCAUGCAGAUUCUCUCUUUCACGAUAAGGAAUAUCGGAAUGCUGUGAGUAAGUAUACUAUGGCUUUACAGCAGAAGAAAGCCUUAAGUAAAACUUCAAAAGUGAGACCUUCAACUGGAAAUUCUGCAUCCACUCCACAAAGUCAGUGUCUUCCAUCUGAAAUUGAAGUAAAGUACAAAAUGGCUGAAUGUUAUACAAUGCUAAAACAAGAUAAAGAUGCCAUUGCUAUUCUUGAUGGGAUCCCUUCAAGACAAAGAACUCCCAAAAUAAACAUGAUGCUGGCAAACCUGUACAAGAAGGCUGGUCAGGAGCGACCUUCAGUCACCAGCUAUAAGGAAGUGCUGAGGCAGUGCCCAUUAGCCCUUGAUGCCAUUCUAGGUUUGCUGUCCCUUUCUGUAAAAGGUGCAGAGGUGGCAUCAAUGACGAUGAACGUGAUCCAGACCUUGCCUAACUUAGAUUGGCUUUCUGUGUGGAUCAAAGCGUAUGCUUUUGUGCACGUUGGUGACAACUCGAGAGCAAUCAAUACCAUCUGUUCACUAGAGAAAAAGUCCUUAUUGAGAGAUAACGUGGACCUACUGGGAAGCUUGGCAGAUCUGUACUUCAGAGCUGGAGACAAUAAAAACUCUGUCCUCAAGUUUGAACAGGCACAGAUGUUGGAUCCUUAUCUGAUAAAAGGAAUGGAUGUAUAUGGCUACCUCCUGGCACGAGAAGGGCGGCUGGAGGAUGUGGAGAACCUUGGCUGCCGCCUUUUCAAUAUUUCUGAUCAACAUGCGGAACCCUGGGUGGUCUCUGGGUGUCAUAGCUUCUAUAGCAAACGCUACUCCCGAGCCCUCUAUUUAGGAGCCAAGGCCAUUCAGCUGAACAGUAAUAGUGUUCAAGCUUUGCUACUUAAGGGAGCAGCACUCAGAAACAUGGGCAGAGUCCAAGAAGCAAUAAUCCACUUUCGGGAAGCUAUACGUCUUGCACCUUGUCGCUUAGAUUGUUAUGAAGGUCUCAUCGAAUGUUACUUAGCCUCCAACAGUAUUCGUGAAGCAAUGGUAAUGGCUAACAAUGUUUACAAAACUCUAGGAGCAAAUGCACAGACCCUUACCCUUUUAGCCACCGUUUGUCUUGAAGACCCAGUGACACAGGAGAAAGCCAAAACUCUAUUAGAUAAAGCCCUGACUCAAAGGCCGGACUACAUUAAGGCUGUGGUGAAAAAAGCGGAACUGCUUAGCAGAGAACAGAAAUAUGAAGAUGGAAUUGCUUUGCUGCGGAACGCACUAGCUAAUCAGAGUGACUGUGUCCUGCAUCGGAUCCUAGGAGAUUUCCUUGUAGCUGUCAAUGAGUAUCAGGAAGCAAUGGACCAGUAUAGUAUAGCACUAAGUUUGGACCCCAAUGACCAGAAGUCUCUAGAGGGGAUGCAGAAGAUGGAGAAGGAGGAGAGUCCCACGGAUGCCACUCAGGAGGAGGAUGUGGACGACAUGGAAGGGAGUGGGGAAGAAGGGGACCUGGAGGGCAGCGACAGUGAGGCGGCCCAGUGGGCUGACCAGGAGCAGUGGUUCGGCAUGCAGUGAGGCAGGCACAGCUCCGUGGCCACACUGGCCUGCCCCGCUCUGAGCACUUCCAUGGACUGAAGGAACCUGUAGGAGCCCGCUCUCUGGGAGGACAAUGAUUCAGCAUGUGAUUGCAGCAGGGGUCUCUGCCCCUUGCUCCGUAUUUCUAGUAGUGACUUCAUUUUUAAAAACUGAGCCUGACCAACCUUCCAUAUAUCUCCAUCCUCCUCUGCUCCAGUCAGGGAGGACCAAGUGAGCACUCAGAGGCCCGUGGACGUGUCGGGGCUUCUGGGACAGAGUGCUUUUUAUAGAACUAACUUCUAAAUCUGAAAGCUCGAGGAAUAGAAAGUCUUUUGUCUGUGAUGUUGUGGAUGGGUUUAAAGGAGCGACCUGUUCCCCAGAGCAAGAGUGUCAUCUCCCAGCAGCAGCAUGGACUGGCCCUUUCAGAGAGGGUUUCCUGUCCCAGAAAUCAUUAUCCUGGGUUUUCCAAACUUCCCUAGUAACCUUGCUUCUUUCUGCAAUGUUAGUAAUGCCUUAAGCUGACAGUUGCUGUUUUGCAGAACAGUUUUCCUAUUUGCUAAUCUGGUAACUUGCCUAUGAGCCUGGGCCGAAUCUGAGAAACAAGUGUGACCUAGAGCAUGAACAGAGGCACAGUUGGGGUAAUUAAUAAAACUGUUUUUUGUACAGUAAUGAUGUUGGGUUGGUCAGAAUGGAAGCCCUUUAUAGAUUCUUUUUUUUGGUCUCUUAUUUACAAUGCAUUGAUUCAGCUCUAGAAUUAUUUGCCAUAAAUAGACUCUCUUUUUCCCAGGGAAAGGAUUGGGAGGAAAGGGAGCUGGGAGGAUUGGGAACCUCAGGUAAUACUGAGCUGGUUCAUCCAUUCGCAUUUUUGAUUGGUAAAUUCCUGGGGAGAGUCUUUGGCCAGAUUUUAGACUGAGUCUGCCUAUCUCUGUCAGGGGCGCUGAGGUCGGUGUCUGGUUUCAGCAUUCUAUUGUGGGGUCAGCAGGGGGCUCAUUCCCUGGGCUCGGGUGCUGGGAGACUACCCACCCUCUCCCCCUUGUUUAAUAUGUGAUGUUUUUGGAGGUGAAGGUAGUGGGGGGUGUCACAGCUAACCCCAAAUUCUCAUCAAAAUAAAAUUAGCCAAAGGUGGUACAAAAUGGGAAUUUGACAUAAAUGGAAAGUUCUGUCUUAAUGUGUAAAAACAUAGAGUGUACAAUAGUUUAGGAGCUUAGAACAUCUGAUAACUGCAAUUUAAAGUGGGCAAAAGGUUACUGUUAAAUUAUCUUUCAGUAUGAGAACCAAAGCUUGGGCAGCAUCAUUUGAUGGAGCAGUUUUUAAAGAGCCCAGCAGGCAGUUGGAGUCAUGCCAGGUGAAUGUGUGGCCCAGAGAAGACACUGCUCAUUUGUGCUCGCUGCAGGAUGCAGGCUCGUGUCCUUCCUCAGCUCGCCUCUGAGCAUCCAUGAUCAGUUAGUGCUUUGGGAGAAAAGGUGAAAUCUCUCCUCUGGGGAGGAAGCCCAGCCACACCCUCCUGACCUUGUUUCUGCAUGUCAGGCUCAUCACCAUGAGCCCUGAGAUUCUCUCAGGAUCAGUCUGUGCCUUGGAACCCACACCUGUGCACCGCCUUCCAUCAGCAGCCUCACGUUCCUCCCCUUUCAUCUCUGCUGGGAGCCCCUGGAUCAGUCUGGCCUGUCCAUCCCAGCAACACCCUGCACUGGAUUCCUCAGGCCCUCACACCUGCAGCUCCAGUAUUUCCAUCUCGGCAGUGCUGGGGUGACAACUGGGUUGAAGUGACAACUGAAACUAUUUUUAGAGCACCUGACAUAGGAUUGAAAACACUCUCAGUUUACGUCAAAGAAUCAGAGGAGUUUGAGUUGGAGGGUGCUGAAGCGCUUCCCUGCCAGUCACUUGCUCUCAUAAACAGAAAACCUCAUGAGAGUGAGGAGCCCCAGGAAGCAGGGGCACAAUCAGGCUGACCAGCUCUGUCGCUGUCCCACUGAUCCACUUGCAAGAGACCAAGCAACCUUAUAAGGGAUGCCCUUCCACAUGCCUGCAGUCACCACAGGCAGUGAGGCCUGACUCAAGAACCUCACUUCAGCGUCCAGGGACAGCAGCCAUGACCAGGCCUGCCAGGAAUCCCUGGCACUGGGAGGGCCUGUUGAGGUUUAGAAUUCUAGGUUGCCAGUAAUUUCAGCACAUGAAGCUGUCAUCUCACUGUUUUCUGGCCUCCACUAACUGUUGUGAAGUCAGCAGUAGGCUGUCACUCUUUAAAGGUAGUGCCUUUUUUUUUUUUUUUGCCCUCUGUUGCUUUUAAGAUUUUCUCUGUCUUGGCUUCUCUGCAGGUCACUAUACUAUUUCUAGGGCCGGAUUUCUUGUUAUUUACACUUUUUGUGAUUUGUUGGGAUUCUUGUAUUGUCAUUUCUAGAAAAUUCUCAGCCAUUACCUCUUCAAAUAAUACUUCUCUCAUACUCUCGUCUUCUGAAACUAUGAUAAAAUGUAUAUUUGACUUUGUCACCUUUCUCAGUCUAUCUUCCAGGUAUUUUUACCUUUCUUCUGUAUUUUCUAGCUUUUUUUUCCUUUCUCUGCUGCAUUCUGCUGUAUUUUCUUUUCAUCUGUCUUCCACUUCAUUUGUUAUUUUGCAGUGUCCACUUUGAUACCACGUCCAUCCAUCCAUUAAGUUUUUAGUUUUGGUUCUUAUACUUUUCAUUUCUAGGGUUCCAUUUAACUUCCCUCUCUGCUAUGUUCCCUUUUUUUUUUUGGCUGCACUGCAGCAUGUGGGAUCUUAGUUCCCAGACCAGGGAUCGAACCUGUGCCCCCUGCAGUGGAAGCAUGGAGUCUUAACCACUGGACCGCCAGGAAAGUCCCUAUGUUAACUUCUUUUUUCUUUAAAGAUUUUUUUUUGAUAUGAACCAUUUUUUAAAGUCUUUAUUGAAUUUGUUAACAAUGUUGCUUCUGUUUUAUGUUUUGUUUUUUGGCCGUGAGGCAUGUGGGAUCUUAGCUCCCCAACCAGGGAUCAAACCUGCACCCCCUGCAUUGGAAGGUGAAGUCUCAACUACUGGACUGCCAAGGAAGUCCCCCUAUGUUCACUUUUAAUAAUUGCUGUGUCCUGCAGAUUUUCAUCUAUUUUUCUUUAAGCAAAAUUUUUGCCUGGAAAUUCUGGACCACCUUAUAGUUCUUUGAUGCUUCUAUGAGGAUUUUUUAAAAAUUUGGUGAGUGGUCGAGAUGGUGGAAUAAGAAGACCCUGAGCUCAUCUCCUUCCAUGGGCACACCAGAACUACAACUGUUUAUACGCAGCAACUAUUGAUGAGAAUGACAUGAAGACUAGCAGAAAAGAUCUUCUGCAACUAAAGAUAAAAUGAAGGAACCAUGAGACAAGUAGGAAGGGUGGAGACGCAGUAUAGUCAAGACCUAUACCCCCAGGUUGGUGCUUUUCUUUUGCAAACAUCCUGGUAUGGCUCUUCCAGCACUUGUGAGGAAUCCCUAAGAAGUACGUGGGCCUCUCACUGCUGUGGCCUCUCCUGUUGCGGAGCACAGGCUACAGACAUGCAGGCUCAGCGGCCAUGGCUCACGGGCCCAGCCGCUCCACGGCACGUGGGAUCUUCCCGGACCGGGGCACGAACCCGUGUCCCCUGCAUCGGCAGGUGGACUCCCAACCACUGCGCCACCAGGGAAGCCCCUUCAUAUAUUAUUAAUAAUGUAUGACGUGUAUCAUCAUUCAUACUAAGAUGUUAAUCUCCCCUGAAUUAUUAAACUUUCAUAAAAAUAAGGUGUUCUUAUUGAUCCAGUAUGACCAUUGCUCCUUU